UUCUUUCUAGUUUCUUCGCUUAAGCCGCAUUUCAUUUCCCAAUCCAGCAAAAACAACGACGAACAGAUCACAUGACAGAUCUGACGAAUCCUGACAGCUCAACAGCCCCCACUCUUAAUCCUAUAAUUUACUUAUAAAUGGAAGACCCAUUUCGGAAUCCCUCCAAUAAAACCACCGUCCCGAUCUUCACUUUUUUCAGCCAAAACUCAAUGUUACUGAGAUCAGAGGACGAUUUGACGCCCACCCGUCUUCUCUUGUCUCCACAAUUUGUGGAUGAAGAGAACAGUGUCGCUGAAAAGCCAUUCUUGACAAUGGCUUCAACUUACAGUACUGCCGUCUCCGGUUCUAUUCUCCGGACAGAUAACGGAUCCUCUGUUUCUCUGAUAUCUGAUGAAAUGGGCAGACAAUUAUUUCGUGCGGGAAUGGUUCAAUCUGCUCUGGGCAUGUUCUUAUUCACCAGACUCGGCCUCCAUGUCUUCCGUUCUACUAGGUUAGGUUACAGACUAAUCUUGAGGGUUCUGGCACUAUGCAUCUAUGGACUCCUUCUUUCUCCUGGUAUUCUCCAAGUUGCAUACCGUUAUAUCUUCUCAAGUAAGAUCCACAGAGACAUUGUUUAUGGUGAUCAACCGAGGAAUAGGCUUGAUCUUUAUUUGCCUGAAAACCGCGAUAAUAGCCCAAAGCCUGUUGUUGCAUUUGUAACAGGUGGAGCAUGGAUUAUUGGAUAUAAAGCAUGGGGUUGUCUUUUAGGUCAACAGUUAGCAGAAAGGGGAAUCAUAGUGGCUUGCAUAGAUUACAGAAACUUUCCUCAAGGAAUGAUUGGCGACAUGGUUAACGAUGCUUCUCAUGGUAUUGCAUACGUGUGUAAUCAUAUAGCUGAAUACGGAGGUGAUCCAAACAGGAUUUACAUAAUGGGACAAUCAGCUGGUGCUCAUAUUGCUGCAUGUGCUCUCAUUGAGCAAGCUAUAAAAGAAGUUGAGGAAGGUGAUUCUACUUCAUGGAGUUUGUCUCAGAUAAAGGCUUAUUUUGGUUUAUCUGGAGGGUACAAUAUGUUUAACCUUGUAGACCACUUCCAAAGUCGGGGUUUGUAUCGAUCAAUAUUUUUCAGCAUUAUGGAGGGCGAAGAAUCAUUACAGAAAUUCUCUCCUGAAAUUAGGGUUCAAGAUCCUUCCAUUGCAGAUGCAGUGUCUAGCCUUCCUCCUUUUGUCCUUUUUCAUGGUACUGGGGAUUAUUCAAUUCCUUCAGAAUCAAGCAUAUCUUUUGCCAACACUCUUCAAGGAAUAGGAGUGAAAGCUGAAGCAAUUUUGUAUGAAGGAAAAACCCAUACUGAUGUUUUUCUUCAGGACCCAAUGAGAGGUGGAGAAGAUGAACUAUUCCAUGAUUUGGUUGCCAAUAUCUAUGAUGGAGAUGAACAGACCUUGGAAAGGGAUGCAUUGGCCGCACCACCUAGAAAGCGGUUGGUACCCGAGUUCUUAUUGAAGUUGGCUCACAGUGUCAGCCCGUUCUAACCAUGGUACCCGAGUUCUUGCUGUACUCAUAUUUCCUUGAUAUAAGUUUAUCCUGAAGUUGCACUUUCAUCAAAUUCAAUUCAUUCUCUUUUUCAAUGUAUUAUUAUCAUUCUAAUUUAUAUGUCAAUAGUUUAUUUAUUCUUUAGAUAGUUUAUUUAUUCUUUAGACUAACGUAUAUAGACUUAACUUGUACAUAUAUCUAUUAGACUAGCAUUCCAUUUGUGUUUAGACUCUAAAUAAAUUAUGAGCUUAUU